GAUCCAUCAUCAUCACCACUGCACCACACCUCCACCACUAAAAUAACCAAAAUAAAACCCACAAAAUGUUGAGAUAAACAGUUGCUAAAGACAUGGCCACGCUUUUGCAAAUAUCUGUUCAGCGCUUCAGCACCAGACCCCCCUCCAGAAAUGGCGGAUUUUGCAGCUCCGUUCCGAAUGGCAGAACAUUGAAGGUGAGAGCGGUGAAGGAGAAGAUAGAGGAAAUCAAGACUCCUUCAUCUGCAGAUGAAAUCACCAAGAAAUAUGGACUUGAAGCUGGUUUGUGGAAGAUAUUUUCGUCAAAAGGAGGAGGCGAGAAGAAAUCAAAGGGCGAUGAAGCAAAGGAGCUAUUGGCAAAAUAUGGAGGGGCGUAUUUGGCAACUUCAAUUACCCUUUCGUUGAUCUCAUUUGGCCUCUGUUAUGCCUUGAUUAAUGCUGGGGUCGAUGUACCAGCGUUGCUGCACAAGGUUGGAAUCUCUGCCGACGAAACGGGGGAGAAGGUCGGGACGUUUGCGCUGGCUUACGCGGCGCACAAGGCUGCGUCGCCUAUCAGAUUUCCGCCCACGGUGGCACUCACUCCCGUCGUUGCGUCUUGGAUUAGCAAGAUAGUUGAUGCUAGAAAUGAAAUGAAAUGAGCACCACUAGCAUUUAGAUACUACUCUAAAUUGUAUACUACUAGUACUUUAUUCCAUUUGGUGAUAUGGAUAUAUUGUGACUGAAAACUUUUGAGUUGUUCAAUAAUCAAUUCGGUUUGAUUUUGGUAAAA